AUGGCUGCCCGCAAAGCUCGUCGACAGAACAAUCACAACCCAGUCAAUCUCACCGACAAUGAGUCUGAUGUAGCAUGCUAUACCGACAUGGUGCAACAACUUGCACCAGCUCUGCGCUCGAACGAGGAACUCAACCUCUCUGUCAUCCGCCGCCACAAACCCUCAGUGACCAACGUUCUCUCCCUCGCACACUACUCCGUCAUCUAUGUCUUCAAUCCAACCUCCAGCCAAUGGGAAAAGAACGGUGUAGAAGGAAGCCUCUUUGUCUGCCAAGAAACGCUGGGCGAGCUCGGCGAGCACCGCUACACUGCCUUCGUGCUCAAUCGUCGCGGAAUGCACAACUUCGACCUCCCGCUGACUGACGGCGAGAAUGUUGAGAUAACAGAGGACUUUGUGAUUAUCAAGGCGGAUGAACCUGCCGAAGGGGUAACCGGCACAUCUGCCAUCCCCGAGACCCAAGGGAUUCCGCGCAUCUACGGUAUCUGGAUCUACUGUGAACCCCCACCCAACUCCAGUGCCGACAACCGCACCGUCAACGCCAAGAUGAUCGAGGAUUGCGCCGCCCAUGCCGGAUACAGUAUGCAAGUGGCCCGCGAGAAAGUUGAGAGCAUGCGCCAGAGCAGUCUUCAUGCUGCUGCCGCCGCCGCCACUAUCCAGGCAGCACCCUUGGAGGAGAUUCAGGCUAGUGAGCCCAUGGGCCGCCAGAUAUCCUUGAAAGAUCUGUUUGGCCAGCAGCGUGCCCAAGACGACGGUUGGACUGUGCGUGCGCACCACCUCGCCCCCGCGCAACAGGGACCUCCUCCACAACAAUACACUUAUGGGGGCAUGAUGCCCCAACACAUCCCCGCACCUCCACCCCCACCGCAACCACAGGUCGACGUACUGGGAGACUUGUUCCGAAGGGCAGGGCUGGCCUCCCAAGGCCCACCAACAGGGCAAUAG